AUGAAAGUUUCAUCAAAUCAACAAGCAAGCAUAAAAUCAAUUAUUCUUAUCCUUGCCUUGAGUACAAUAGUGGCUGCAGUUCCUGCAAGUAAGCCGCCCUCGAAACAUAACGCAACUGCCGGUUGUACCGGAACGUUUGGCGACAUUCAAAAAUCGAGCACGGGCGGUGUGGAAGCUUACUUGACAAUAGUAUGCGAUGUUGAAACCGUCGUUACUGUAGAUACUUACUAUAUGGCCAUAGUAACUUAUUGGUACAUUAUCUCAUUGGCUGAUAUAACAACAAAGAGCCCAAGUCCUCUCACAUUUACAGUUUCUCCUGGUACUUCCGCGACUUUUAUCGUGCCUGGAGAUGGAUGUUAUCCUAAAUCAACUUAUGAGGCCUAUGCAAAAGUUUGGAUUGGACAAAGUGGUUAUCUAAGCGAUUCUAAAACGAUGCGGCCCAUAACGGGAUGUUAA